AUGGCCCCUUUGCACAAAAUCAUCGUUGGUGUAGACUAUGGCACAACUUUUACCGGCGUCAGUUACGUGGAUUCCUUGAAACAUACAAUUCACGACAUCAAUGUCAUUCGCACCUGGCCCGGUCCUAGUCGAGAACAGGACGAAACUUGGAAGACCCCUUCCCGUAUUGCCUAUGGCACCGAGAACCCAUUGAUCGAUGGAGCCACAAUUAAAUGGGGAUAUAUGGUAGUCCCGAAAAUGAAAUCCUACACGUGGACAAAGCUGCUCCUCAGUCCAGAAACGAGUCAUACCCAACGAUCUCAAGAGAACGUCGAUAUUCUGGAGGGCGAUGGGCUAAUGAGAAUCCCUGAUUUCAAGCAAGGAGCCCAAGAUGUUUGCGCUGAUUAUCUUCGAGGGAUUUACGAACAUAUCAUCUUUUUUCUCGAACAGCGUCUCACUCCCGAAAUCAUAAAAGUAACCGCUUUGGAUUUCUGGUUCACGGUUCCCGCAAUCUGGUCUGACAAGGCCAAACAUGAUACCUACCUAGCUGUCACUGCGGCUGGUUUUGGGAGUCGGCCUGGUGACUUGAUUUCCAUGAUCACGGAGCCGGAGGCCGCUGCGGUCGCUACCCUCAGCUCUUUGUCUGAGGAUGAGCGUGGACUGGCUAUCAAGAAUGGCGAUGGAAUUAUUAUCUGUGAUUGUGGUGGAGGAACAGUGGAUAUUGUCACCUAUAAAGUCAUACAGGUCAAACCUGAUCUGCGAUUUGAGGAGCUCUUGGUCGGUACUGGUGACAAAUGCGGCUCGACUUACAUUGACCGGGAGUUUUUGAAAUGGAUGUCCAGGACUUUCGGUCCAGCAUUCGAUAAGGUCAGCUUUGAAAAAAGAGGACCUGGAAGCCGAUUUAUGAAAGAUUUUGAAGGGCUAAAGCGUGACUUUGGUGCAUCCAAUCAGUUGGAUCUAUUCGAGGUUGAUCUUCCGAUGCCAGGUGUAUCGGACCCUGAACAUUAUGAUUCGGAGAAUUGCACAAAACUUUCACUGACACUUUCAAGCUCCGAUAUGGAGUCUUUCUUCAAGCCUGUUACCCAAAAGAUCGAAGAUCUAUUGGAAGACCAGCUUCGUCAAGUAAGACAGACUUCCGAGUCUUAUAUCAAUAAGAUUGUGCUGGUCGGAGGCUUUGGAGAUUCACCAUAUCUUAACACAACUCUUCGAGCCUGGUGUCAGAGAAGAGGCGGAAUAUCUCUUUUCUGCCCAGAGAAUCCACAAGCCAGUGUCGUCAAGGGGGCUGCUCUUCGGGGCUUGAAUGGCAUGAAGCCGGAGAAAAGAAAGUGUCGACUUCACUACGGAUUCAAAAUAAACAAAAACUUUCGGGAAAGCAUCGAUCCCCAGUGGCGGUCCGUACCUGCGGAGUGGGACGGAAGAAAACUCUGCUCUGACCGAAUGGUGUGGUUGAUUGCAAAGGGCAAGGCUAUUGGCAAAGAAGACAGUAUCCCGUAUGAUGUAUCUCGCGUCCACUACCCAGGGGAUACCCUUGAUUUUGCAAUAGACCUGUACACAUGCGAGGAAGAUAGUGCGCCAGAUUGGUACUAUGCAGAAUCGUGCCGAAAAGCUGGAGAGAUUCAAUAUUCCUUCUCGAAAAGAGAUCUGUCAAAAUUUGAGAAAAAGAAGAAUAAGGAAUUGGGUAAAAAGAUGAUCAAUCUCGAGUACAAGAUACAGGUAGAGAUGUUUGCUGACAAGGGUAUGUUGCAAUUCCGAAUGUUAGGGAGGCAUGGGAAAGACAUUGGAAAUACUAGCGUUGAGUAUGAUUGA